UAUAGAAGAGGCGGCAAAACCAUUAUCAGAGAGUGUUUUCUCCGAUCGCAUCCCCAAAAUAGAACAAAGAGUGGAGAAGCGACCGUCAGCAGAACGCUCCAUCAGUGUGGAUCUGAUUUUAUAAUGGAUUUGUUGUUCCUCAGCCGGCGCAUAUUUUUGGGCGACGGCAGUCACGAGGCGCCCCUCCACGGCGGCAUCGUCGUCGACACACAGGGCAUCAUCCGCCUGGUGCUAAGAUCUCCCCAAGAGGUCAAUUCCUACCUGUACAACAUCGAGUCCGAGGCCGUGUAUGACUUCGGUGACCUGGUACUCAUGCCCGGCCUCAUCGACGCUAAUGUCCACAUCAAUGAGCCAGGGCGGAAGGACUGGGAGGGCUUUGUGACGGCCACCAAGGCCGCUGCCGCUGGGGGUUUCACCACCAUCAUCGAUCGUCCUUCCAACGCUUCGCCCCCCACCAUCAGUGUGGCGAGCCUCAAGGCCAAGACGGCUACGGCUCGUGGGAAGAUCUACGUUGACGUGGGAUUCUGGGGCGGCAUCGUACCGGGCAACGGUGACCAACUGGCACCGCUGCUUGCAGCCGGCGUCAUGGGGCUACAGUGCACCCUCUGCGGCUCAGCGCCUCCCGUUGGCGAGGAGUUCCCUUCCAUAGACGGGGCACUAUUAGAGGAGAUUCUGCAGCGGCUCGAAGCAGAGAACGAGGACGAGGGAGUUAUUGCCGUCCAUGCCGAGCUGCCGCUCGCCGUCGACAUUCCAGUAGACGAUGACGCAACCAAGAAGUACGACAGUUUCCUGGUCACCCGUCCGCCCGCCAUGGAGGUGGCCGCGAUGCAGCAGCUCAGCCGUCUGGCCCAGCGCUAUCCCCGUCGCCGCCUGCACGCUCUCAACGUGAGCAGCGCCGAAGUCCUGACCACGGCAGAGGCCUGCCAGCGAGCGGGCGGCCAGCUGACGGUGGAGACCUGCCCCCACUACCUGGCCCUCAGUGCGGAGGAGGUCCCCGAGUGCGGAACGGAGUUCAAGACGUGGCCACCCAUUCGGGAGCGGUCCAACCAGGAGCGGCUGUGGCGGGCGCUGCGACCGGGCGGGGUCAUCCGGAUGAUCGCCAGCGACCACUCCCCAGCCACACCCGGUGUCCGCUGCCUCACGGGCGGCCGGGGUCGUGGCAACUUCCUUAAGGCCUGGCCGGGCAUCAACUCACUGCAGCUGUCGCUGCCCGUGGUGUGGACAGCAGGGGGCGGUAGAGGAGGAGCCCGUGAUGACCUGCCGCUGUCCCUAGCGGAUCUCCACCGCCUGAUGUGCUGGCAGCCGGCGGAGCUGUGCGGCUUGGACAGGUUCAAGGGCCGCAUCACUGAGGGCUACGACGGCGACUUCUGUAUCUGGAGUCCUGAGGAAGAAUUUACCGUCGCCCCGGAGGAGCUCUACACCGCCACCAAGGCCACGCCCUAUGCGGGCCGCCGACUGCGAGGCGUGGUACAUGCCACGGUGGUGCGUGGCCUGCAUGUUUAUCAGCAGUUCGAGGGUUUCGGGCAACCCCUAGGGAAGGUCCUGUUGCGGAAGAGCAGUCGUAAGGUGGUCAAAUUCGUUCGAAUGUGAUGAGGUGGACACGAGAGGAGGGAUGGAUGCCCUAGGGCGCAGAAGGGUGUACGGGGUAAACUUUGUUAAUUAAAAACAUUAAAAGAUUGGGCUGGAAUCCUUCA